GAUAAACUCUCGAGGAGCAGGAAUCGUGCAUUGAGUGCUAGUUAAUGUGACCAUUGUCGCUGAGUAGGUAAUGGAUGGUGCUUCAGAACAAUAAGAUUGUCCGAAAUCGACGGCUAUGUCGAAAGGCCUGCCAACGUGAAACCUGGCGAGAGUCACCAGGGAUACUUCGAGUCGGCAUUCACCAGCAUUGCGUUAUGUAUGAGGAUACCGAGAAGCUCGCUUCAGGUGGACUGAGCGGCAUGUGAUUGAAAGGCUUCAACACAGGAUACCGCACAAUGGCUGCCGCUGUGGCUCUCGGCUGCGCACAAAGAACACGCAGCUGGAUACGGACGCCAGUUCGCAAUUUAUUCAAUGGCAGCUGCGUAGCUUUUAUAUGCCUGGGCGUCAUACGUGGUCAACGGACCAGGCAUCUCUAUGCCAGGAUACACGUACUCAGUGAAGCACAGAAUCACCAGAGAUCAUGGCGCUUGACCAGACUGCGACCUUCAUGCAGAGGAGUAUGUCAGCUGCAAUGUCAAGUGAUGGUGCGCCUGCCAACCAAGGCUAAUGCGAAGAUCGAUCCAAGGAGCAUCUACAUCCAGCUGCGCCGCUGGAAAACUCGUGAAAGGGAGACCCAUAGCGAGUCACGCAUGAGACCAGGACUCUCGGCUCACAUCAGCAGUGGUGACUGGAUCCGCUACGUCAAUGGCUUCUUAGAUGGGAGCCAAUUUAUACUUCAGGAGCGACAAGAUGCCAGAAUAGCGACCACGAGCUGGAUUACAGGUCCGCUACCACAGCGGGCUAGUGGCAAGCCAUCAACGCCACAGCUCGAUCUUGAGGACAGCAUGCCUGCUCCGGAACUGGCUCCACGUCAGGUAAGCAUGGUCAGUCAAGCAUUCAGAGGCCAUGGCAAUCUGGUUCACCACGGUCGAUACAUCUGCUGGGCUCCGGCGCUGUUAAGCUCAAUUGCAUGCGUAACUUAA